GUUAUGAAUAAAAUUCAUGUUUGAAAUAUUAAAGAUGGACGUCAGGAUGACAAAUAUUUAUGUUUUAUUUUAUUUCAUUUUAAAUAACGUCAUACCAAUAUCAGGGCGGUACUGCUAUUCUAGAUACUACUAUUAUUACAGAUAUGGAUCCUAUUAUUACUGCAACUCGUACUCGUAUUUGUCAGUUGGAACCAUUGCGGGUGCCGUCAUUGGUGGAAUUAUUGGACUAGUUAUUAUAAUUGCAAUUGUUGUAGUUAUCUGUGCAUCAUGCUGUAAAUCACAUGGAAGUCGUGGUACAGUGGUUCAGCCAUAUCCAACAACAAAUACUGUCCACACUGUAACCACUAUACCAGCUUACAACCACCCGCCACCACAGUAUAACAACAUGUAUUAUAGCCAGUAUCCACCGAACGUGUAUUCCACACAGCCACCAAAUACAAGUAUGGCAUACCCACCACCAAUCAGACCACACAUGCCACCAGCACCACCUCCGUAUCCCAGUUCAGCAAAUAGAACAAAUACGAACAAAAAUCCUGGAGGAUCUUUACACAGACAACAAAACAUGCCCGCCAUUCCCGAAAAUGUUACUGCUGAACCAUCAGCACCUGGAACAAACGUUUCUCCAGCAAAUGGAGCAAUUAUAACUGGAGCACCGCCAACCGGAACAAACAUGCCUUCUACGUCAGGAAUUCCGAAUUCAGAUCCUCCACCGUAUCCAGGAACUGUAUCAACAGAUGCUUAAUUUCUUGUGACUGAUAUUUUUGUGUUUCUAUGAAACAUAUGACGUGGCUCUGUACUUAUUCAUUCUGUCAUUGUUUUAUUGUGCUGUGGUUUUUGUAUUCUUGUCUUUCAUUUUCGCUAUGAUGUGCUUUUGCUUAAUGUCUUUUUGUGGUUCUUUGUUGCAUGAUUAUCUUUUUGUAUAGUGAUAAAGAUCAUAACACACUUCUGUAUUCCUAUUGUUGAAAUUUUACCUAUUAUGUCUGUUUGUUAUGUUCACACUUCGUUGUCAAUAUAUUAGAAUUGUAUGCGACUGUCAUACAAUUGAGAGUACUAGCCAGCUGGAAAACCAGGUUUAAUCCACAAUUUUCCACAUCAGAAAAUGCCUAAACAAAGUCAGAAAUAUGACAGUUGUUAUUUAUUUGUUUGAGCUUUUGAUUUUGCCAUUCGGUUAGGGACUUUUAUUUUUUAAUUUUCCUCGUAGUUCAGUUUUUUUGUUAUUUCAUUUUUUACUUUCUUAGAUUAUAAUUGUAUUCUAAGAACAGCUCAUUGAUGAUAAUAAAAACAGCUAUUCAGGAGAUCUACGUGUAGCUUUAUUGUAUUUUAAGCUCCGACGGCAUUUAAAAGUGAUUUGAUGGUCGUAGUAUUAACUGUGACUUGGUGUCAUGAAAAUUAGUGCCGUUAUCCAAUCAAAAUGAACG